CGGACAGUGAGAGAGGGGCCGGCGGGACUGUGGGGUGGUAGGGGCUGGGUACAGUGGGGUACGCUGAGGAACGUGCAUUGUGCGUGAGGAGGGUGGUGGGGAACUUGAGGUGUGCCAGGAGAGGGUAAAACCUGUGGGGGAAACAGAAGCUCUAAGUUCUGCUUGAGGCUGGGCACAACCUCGAUGUUGCAACACCAAAUCACUGUCACUCUAUCGUUCCACGAGUCCAAGGCGAUCAGUCGCUGGCACCUCGCACUUGGACUGAGGCUGACACAGCAGCAGCCUGCCUUUUGAUCUCAAACUGAUGAUUUAGCAGCACUCUGGAUGUAAAGAACUGCUGAAUUGCCAGGGCCAGUUCCUAAAUCACUGGUGUUUUUCUUGGCAGGAAUAAAGCCCUGCCCUGACCCAGCCUUGUUUUGAUUAUUAGGUCCAAUGGACUGGGUGGCAGCCCAGCACUGUGGAGAGCAGAGUUUGAAGCCAACAAACAGGGAGUUGUGUGCUGAUGCUAGCACUGACAAACGACUCAGGCAGAAGAGAUCCUGACUUCUGUCAAAGAACAGGAAGCUCAUGGUUUUCUUGCAUGAAUGGGAUAGUGCCCACAAAGUUGCUCGAAGCUGCGUCCUGGACAGCUUCAUUAAAAGCAAGGCAGAACCAGAGCUGGAGCUGAAGUUCUCCCAGGGAGCCAGUUUGUUCCUGGCUCACCUAACAGCAUGGCUCAGGAUGGCAUAUCUGUUUCCUCAGACAGCCGGAGGUGCUGUGUGGUACAAGGCAGGAGGAAGCCACAGGUACCUUACUGAAUUUCUGGAGGUCAGAGGUGUCUCGAUUCCCCUGGAAAUAUCGGGGCUGAACCACCUGAAAGAAGAGGACAAAAGGGAGUCUGUAAAGCUGCUGCCGCUCACCACAGACACUGGGGUACAAGACCUCGCCAAGUUCUUGGCCUCUUCCAACAAAGCAGAGGGUCAAGAAGACACGCAGGUUCUGCUGGACUCUUCAGGCCGUGACAAUCGCAAGCACCAGAACCAAGUCUACCUUAUAGCUGUGCUGCUCUGUACCUCUCCACAGGGCCAGCAUGGGCUCUGCCGAUGCUCAGGGUCAUGCAGGUGGGAUAUGGUGGGAGAGGUGCCCUGUGCCCUCGACGAGCCCGUGCUGGGCGUGCUGCGCUCUCUGCACCUGGAGGUGCACCGCGCCCGGUGCCGCAGCCCCGACAGGGACAGUUAUUACCCUUCCCGGAGGAAGGAGCGGUGUCUGCAGCGGGCUCGGUUCCGCGCCGGUGCCCACGCUGACCCCGGUUCCGGCUCGUUAUUGACCCCUUCCCCAGGAGGAAAGCGUGUACCUAAUGCGACGAGACUGCUGAAGGCCCAUCCUGAAACCAGGCACACAAAAAUGGAUCCAGUCCAGACUGAAUAACUGGCCUCCCCUAUAGUCAGCAUCCCCAGAGACAUGGCAAGGAUGCAGUCCACAGAAGGAACUGACAAAUAUUUUCUGGCUUGCACAGAAGUGCUGGGAUCUACGACCAUCUCAUCUUCCUGGAGGCUGCACGGAGGCUCUGUGACAGCAGACAUCCUGGAACGGCCACG